AUACAAAUUUGGAAACUUUCACAUCCUCAAAUUUUCAAAUAUUUAAAUAUUGAAAUGUUUUAUCUCUCAAACAUAUAUAUUCCCCAUUUCGAGCAUCUUUAAGCGCUUGGUGUUCGAUGCACGUCCACGUUCACAGUUCGUCCAUCAAUCGUGCGCCAUGCAUCGCAGUCCUGUGCAUGGUAAAUGCUUGUCCUUCUGCAGUUCGCUGGUUGAUGUAGACGGGCCUGAUGUUGAACAUUACAGUACCGAUCGCGGAGUACUUUCGCUAAGUGGUAUGUAGUGGGGGAGGUAGGACUUGAACCCUGAUUGUGAGACCCCAUGGGCCAUAUAUACUACGGUUCCAUGCAGUUCUCUUGCUACUUAGUGUCAGCUUCUCGACGAUCCUUGCUGCUCUGUACGGAAGGUAUACCAAGAGGGAGACGGAUCGAGUAAAAGAUGAAUUUGUUGGUCGUCUUCGCGUUGAUAACAGUGGCUUCAGGAAAUCCAGGACUCCUUCGGGUUCCUAAAGUGUAUAACGCCGUGAUUACAAGUAAUCAAAACUUGUCCCCGUCCAGGGCAUAUCCAGUGAUUCAACCGAUAAUCCAUCGAACAGCGGUUGGAUACGUGCCACCGGUUUAUUACACGCAAGUAGCGCCUCAUCUUGCUGGACCAGAAGUCGUUCAUCUUCCUCAAAAUCCUCUAAAAUCGUACAAUCAGCCUGACGUACAAGCCGAACCCACCGCUACCGUCGAACAGUCGAAACCAACUGACGCGAAGGAUAAAAUAGAAGCAACGUACUCAAGUGCAGAAGAGAACAAAGGUUUAAAGUCGGAACCUAAGAGCAAGAACGGGGAACAAGAACCUCUAAGCUUCUAUCCCAAUUAUCAAUCGUUAUACUACGAUCCCUAUUUUUACACGUACAGUGGAUUCAACCCUCACCUGGUCCCAGGGACCUACUACGUCGACUAUCAACCCUAUGGCACUUUAGAGCCUAUUCCAGCAACCACACCGAAGAACGGGUUCUCCGAACAUCUGCUUCCAGCUUACCACGAGGAGAAGCUCGCUGCAAAGGAACAAAAAGAGAAAAUACCAGACGUACCACCGCCACCCCUUCCGACAGCUGUGCCCAAAAGUUCCUGAAGGGGAACCCGUCCGACAAGAUUCUUCGAAUUACGUUUAUUCGCCGUCAUGGUCAGACUGAUUAUUUCAUAGUGUUUGGAGGAAACGAUGUAUUUUACGGACGAUGAAUGACGUUAAACCUUUUGGAACCGAAUUCUUUUUACUCGCGAGAGAAGCUCUCUUUAUUAUUUAUUGACCAUAGAAACAAAUUUUUUCCCCGGUGGUUUUGUAAAAAGAACAUAUACACCGAAACAGAGUAGUUUUACUGAGAACAAAUACAUUCGUCGUUUAGUCAAUCGAACCGCUCAGAAGCCACACUGAACAACUUUAUCAAUUGCAAAGUACAGAUGUUAUAAAUUCUGUUUUUUCAAUUUAUCUUCGAAUUUAUUAUUUUCUGUGCCCUCUUCUUGCAAUGAAUGAACUUACGAGAGAAAGCCAUUUGGUUCUUGAGAAUCGAAUAUUAAUGGAAUAAAAUUAAAACAUUAAUAGAGAAUGCAGUUGAUUAGUUUGACUUUUGACAGGCUUAAUUAAUGGAAUAUUAAUGCAAUAUCAGGAGCGAAAGGGUUAAGAAGGAACAAUGAAUUUGAUGUACGAGGGUAUUGUAUGGUUCAUUUGUUUUAAUAUAAAAUUACGGUACGAA